GAGGCAUUAAAGUGUUGAGUUCAGAGGAUCCUCCCUUUAGUUCCACACAUUAGACAGUGGACAUUAAGGCCUAGAGUUAAUCCCCAGAAAGCUACUCCAAGUUGUUUCUGUGUGUGUCAGUGUGUAUAAAAAGUGAGAAAUGACAGUUGGCAGUCACCGAGCUACGGUGAAGGAGCAUCCAGAUCAUCUCCCCACACUGAAGCAUCAUGCAGUCUAUAGUGUCUCUCUCCAUUCUAGCCCUGCUGCUUGGCUUCUCGCAAGCUUUCUAUCUCGACCAACCUGAGCAUGUGGACAUCACGUCAAGGAUUCUCACCAUCAACAACGGAUCCAGUGAACUGUUGUUGGAGGGAGACAUACUCUUGCCAAGAGGUAGGAAUGCUCUGGUCUGCAGCGACAGCAGCUGCUUUUGGAAGAAGUCCUCAAAUGGCCUAGUGGAGGUGCCUUACACGUUGAGCAGUGUUUUCUCUUUCUCUGACAGGACCGUAAUAGCCAAUGCCAUGGCCUCCUUCCACAGCAAAACCUGCAUUCGUUUCGUUCCCAGGACAAAUCAAACUUCCUACCUUAGCAUCGAGAGCAAAGAUGGAUGUUUCUCUAAUGUGGGCAGAUCAGGUGGUGCUCAGGUGGUUUCUCUCAGCAGGUUGGGUUGUGUUUACUAUGGCAUUGUCGAGCAUGAGCUGAACCAUGCACUUGGUUUCUACCACGAGCAUACUAGGAGUGACCGUGACAAGUACGUCAAAAUCAACUGGGAAAACAUCGACCCAACCACGCAGUCUAAUUUCGAGCUGAAAAACACCAACAACCUCAACACUCCGUACGACUACUCCUCUGUAAUGCACUAUGGAAGAACAGCUUUCUCCAUUAACGGGCUGGACACCAUCACUCCCAUUCCUGAUCCGUCAGUGAAUAUUGGACAGAGAAAGGAACUGUCCGCCAUCGACAUCCUGAGGAUCAACACCCUCUACAAGUGCUGAAAUUGUUUAGAGGCUUCACUUGCUGCGCUAACAAAAUAUGAAAUCAUACAAUAAAAUGGCUACAUGCAUCUUUUUCUUGGUGUGUGCUUUAAUAAAGUAUUUCACUGAAACCCCAUGAAACAGUUUUCAUCAUGCCAGGACCAUGAAUGUCCAGCAAGAUUUAUUGUUACUCCCUCCACCUCAGUAUCACAUACGUACUGGCAUUUUAUUGAAUGUUGUUUUGUAUAAAUGAACCAGCACUUUGACAUCUAUGACUACAUAUAAAUAUAAAAACUAUACAUUUGAGGACAGUCAUCAACUUUAGACUUCAAAAAGCAUAUCCAGUGAGAGAAUCCUAAUACACCAUGUCCUGUUCGUUUGGUAUAAUUGAACGAGCACUUAGACAUGUAUGACUACAUACAAAUAUGAAAACUAAACCUUCAAGGAUCAUCAACAACAUUAGACAUGAUUGCAGAAACAAAUCCUGUGAGA